AUGGAAGAAGAUCCCAUCCUAGGCAUUGAGCUAGACAAGAGGGUCUCUACAAAUUGUUCACUUCUUACCGGAGAAAACAACAAGCUUUGGCCCGUGAAAAUUCGAAAGAAGGAUCAUUACUAUCACAUUUGCAAGUUAUCAUGGUCGGAGUUUGCGAGGCAUCACGACUUGAAACAUGGAGACUAUUUGUUCUUCCGUUUGGUCGAUAAGAGAACAAUUAAAGUGGUACUUUUUGGUCCCAAUGGGUGCCAAAAGAAGCGUUUCUAUGGUGGUGAUAGCCCAAGUGAUGAGGACGAGAACGAAGACGAGGAUGAAACCAAUGAUGAAAAGAAUAUCAAAACAAAGUACAAACAAAUAAAAGAUGCUUCAGCUUCCAAGUCGUACUCUCCAAACUUCAAGAAAACAAGAAAUUCGUCAGGAGCUCAUCAAGCCAACAACAUUACUAGUGAGAUUCUAAGUGAACUUACAAAGUUUGGCGGCUAUUUUGAUUUAGAAGCGAAGAAUCCGUACUACAUAAAGACUAUGAAGAAGCACACAGAAUCUUUCGUGAUUGUUCCAAAAUUAUUUGCAAGGGGAACAAAGUUGGACAAAGUUAAAGAUGUGAUACUACGGAGCGAAGAAGAUAUGAAAGCUUGGCCAGCAAAGAUCCUAAAGAGGCAUGACGGUCGAAUAGAUAUCGGAAAUGGUUGGUCGACUUUUCGGGAGAAAUACAAUGUGAAGAUCGGAGAAACUAUGAAAUUCACAUUGUUUAAGAUUAAUGGCAAAUUCGUCUUCAACGUUGAAAACUUUCCAAUAUUGAAGACGAAUUCACCAUGA